GGCUCAGUUGACGUCUGUCAGGACAAUAACAACAGAAAUCUGAAAAUUAGCCCAGGGAAGUACAAACAGACUUAAAACAUGGGAUCAUCUUGGUUCAAAGCCAUUGAAUCUGCAUUUGAAGCAAUUGGUUCUGCAUUGGAACAAGUUGGUGAGCAGAUUCAGCUAAUCAUAACGGAAUGCACAAAUACAUCCUACCCUGAGGCUGUCGGGUUUGCCUACAGAGGCAUCCUUGAAGCCCCUGCCAGUCCGCUCUUUGAGAAAUACCUCUCUGUGAACUCCUCGCAGCAUCUGGACUACCAUUAUGCCUCGGUGCGGGACUCUCUCACCCCUGAGCAGGUGGUUGGCUUCGACCAGAGUCUGCAGGCGACCCUUGGAGGGAGUGGAGCGGUGGUGUUUGGUGGGGUAGGCGUGGUGGCAUUGGCCUUAGCCGUGCUCUUCGAUGUCGUGGCCGCGCAGAUGAAGGGGCAGACACCGCUGCCCGACCCCAUGCGGCAGAUCUUCCACGGUGAGGGCGAAGCUCUGUCCAAGAUGCGCGCUGCCAUGAGCGAUUGUCUCGAUCGCUUGCCGAGAAGUGGCAACGACAAAAAGAAGAUGGAGCUGGAAACUAACCGUUGCUUGUUACAGGUGAGAAGCACUCUUCACAACUACACACUAGAGGUCCUGGAUCAAGCUCAGGCGACCGGACAAUACGUUAACGGCACAGAGAGAAAUCACUUGCUCAACGCCUAUCUCGUUUACGCUCACCUGGUUAUCCAUUACACCCGCUUCGAAUCAACGGAGAAGUUCAAGUCGUUGACGGCCACUGAUGAGGAGACUGGGAAGAUGCUGCUGCUUUACGCCUUUACUCCUAACGUCACAUAUGCUAUGCAAAACUGGGAAAACAAAUUGUUCAACAAGACCAUUAACUGUGUUCAGCCUUCGGUGGUGGAGUUUAUUGGCUUGUUAAAUAAAGGCCAGAGUACUUAUGCCACAACUCUAAGAGACAGAAACAUGCUAGACGAACAACGUCAAGAUUUUGUGAUCUCGAAUUGAGUUAUGGCCCCAUUAUGCAAUGCCGUUUAAUCAACGGGCACAUAUAGAUGUGCAUUCAUGUAUUCCAGUGCAUUGUGUAUUUGCAUUGUGCACCCUGUGCAAUGGCAUUAAGAGGAGACAAAACAAGAAAGAUCCCUGUCCUCAUCCUUUUGUCACUUGUAUUACUUGUAUGCUUGGGGUGGCAAUUGUAUUCAUGAGACACUCUGGACUCUCUUAACUGGUGUAUAGACUGAUCUUACUAGCGUUGAUCCUUGAAAUGUUUUUCAUUAAAGGUUUUUAAAAGUCA